AUGGCUCGUUCUUCUUCUACAUCAACCACCAAACUUCGAAGCAAACAUCACGUCUUCCUUAGUUUUAGGGGAGAAGACACUCGUGUUGGUUUUACCAGUCACCUCCAUGCUGCUCUGGAAAGGAAAAAUAUCCUAACUUUCAUAGAUGACGACCUAAAGCGAGGGGAAGAAAUUUCCGACUCACUUGUAAAAGCAAUUGAAGAUUCCAUGCUUUCUGUUAUUAUUUUUUCCCCACAAUAUGCAUCUUCCAAAUGGUGCUUAGAUGAGCUUGUGAAGAUUCUUGAAUGCAGAAAAAUUAGAGGGCAGAUAGCUAUUCCAGUAUUCUAUCAGGUUGAUCCAUCUGAUGUAAGAAAGCGAAGUGGAUGCUUCGGAGAUGCAUUUGCAGAACUUGUGAAGAGGAAGGCUUUGGAGAUCGAGGAAGAGCGGUGCUUCAGAGCUGCUUUGAACGAAGCUGCCAAUAUAUCUGGUCAUGACUCGCGGAAGAUUGAAUCCGAGUCUAAAUUUAUCGAGGAAAUUGUUAGAGAUGUCUUCAAUAGAUUGUGCAAAAUGUUUCCCAUUCACCCAACGAAUCUUGUGGGAAUUGAUGAGCGCAUAAGAAAAAUUGAAUCUCUUUUGGAGAUGGAGUCACAAGACGGAACGAAAGCAAUUAAAGGCAUAUGCCUUGACAUGUCUACAUCAAGGGAAAUGCAAUUGAAAUCUGAUGCCUUUGCAUGGAUGCGCUGUCUUGAAUUUCUCAUAAUCAAGGGAAAUAAAGCUAAAGUGCAGCUUCCUCACUGUGGCCUCGAAUAUCUUUCCAAUAUGCUUAGAUAUUUCCGCUGGGAUGGAUACCCUUCGAGAUCUUUGCCACAAAAGUUUUGUGCUGAAAACCUUGUUGAAUUGGACUUUUCUUGGAGCAAGGUUGAAGAACUUUGGAGUGGACAGCAGAAUUUCGAGAAUUUAAGAAGAAUCAACCUCAGUUACUCUCCAUGCUUGACUAAAGUUCCAGGUCUAUCAAAGGCUGAACAAUUACAGUAUGUAGAUCUUCAGUUCUGCGGUAGUUUAACGGAGGUUCCAUCAUCCUUUGAAUAUUUUGAGCACCUGGAAUCCCUAAUUCGCCAUGGUUGUUAUAAUCUUCAGUGUUUUCCAAGGAGGCUUGAUUCAAAUAAUAUCAAAAGUCUUUCAUUAACCAAUUGCUCAAAUAUCAAGAAGAGUCCAGAGAUUUCAGCAAAUAUAAACUCAUUAUAUUUGGAUGGGACUUCUAUCGAAGAGGUGCCUUCAUCAAUCGAGUUUUUAGCAAAUCUCCAACGACUAAAUAUGAAUAACUGCAAGAAGCUCUCUAGACUCCCAAGCAGCAUCUGUAAAUUGAAAUCUCUUGAAUAUCUGUAUAUAUCAGGUUGCUCAAAACUUGAAAGUUUCCCAGAAAUUAUGGAGCCUAUGGAAUCUUUGAAAGGACUUAGUUUGAAAGAAACAGCUAUUAGAGAGCUACCCUCAUCAAUUAGGCAUCUGAAAUCUUUGCUUUUUCUGUAUUUAGAUGGCACACUCAUUAAAGAGCUAUCAGAGCUUCCACCAUCCUUGCAAUAUCUAACAGCUAAUAACUGUGAAUCACUAGAAAUCAUUUCAAGCAGCACUUUAGGCAAUUCAGCUGGGAGUCAAUUAAGUUUUGCAAAUUGCUUCAAAAUUGAUCAGAAGGCACUGAUGGCAGACAUGCAAUCGAAAAUAGAGUUUGGAAAGGCGCUAAACCAUUUUGAAAUGGUUUUACCCGGAAGUAAAAUUCCAGAAUUGUUCAGUGAUCAAAGGCCUUUUGGUAUUAAAAGGGAGUACACGGUGAAAAGGUGUGGGGUCCGUCUUGUAUUUGAUGAAAAUCCAGAUUCACCUGGCAUUUCUGUUGAAGAUGAGUGA